CGAGCAUCGAAGGGUAACGAACGGCUCGCCCGAACCCGGAGUCUUUCUCUGGGCCUGCGGGGAACCUUGAGAGCGUCACCCCUAAGCGAUUAAUAACUAAUAUUUAUGUAAGACAGAAGAGGAAGAUGUCAUUCCGUAAAGUGAACAUCAUCAUCCUGGUCCUGGCUGUUGUUUUCUUCUUACUGGUUUUGCACCAUAACUUCCUUGGCCUGAGCAGUUUGCUAAGGAAUGAGGUUUCAGAUGCAGGAAUUGUGGGGCUUCAGCCCAUAGACUUUAUCCCAAAUGCUCCCCAUGAUGCUGUAGAUGGGAGACAAGAGGAGGUGCCUGUGGUCAUUGCUGCAUCUGAAGAUAGGCUCGGGGGGACCAUUGCAGCCAUAAACAGCAUUCAGCACAACACUCGCUCCAAUGUCAUUUUCUACAUUGUUACGCUCAAUCAUACAGCAGACCAUCUCCGGUCUUGGCUCAGCAGCAGUACUCUGAAAAGCAUCAGGUACAAAAUUGUGAAUUUUGACACUAAACUUUUGGAAGGGAAAGUAAAGGAGGAACCUGACCAGGGGGAAUCCAUAAAACCAUUAACCUUUGCAAGGUUCUACUUGCCUAUUCUGGUUCCCAGCGCAAAGAAGGCUAUAUAUAUGGAUGAUGAUGUAAUUGUUCAAGGUGAUAUCCUUGCGCUCUACAAUACACCACUGAAGCCAGGACAUGCAGCUGCAUUUUCAGAAGAUUGUGAUUCAGCCUCUACGAAAGUUGUCAUUCGUGGAGCAGGGAACCAGUACAAUUACAUUGGAUAUCUUGACUAUAAAAAGGAAAGAAUCCGUAAGCUUUCCAUGAAAGCCAGCACCUGCUCAUUUAAUCCUGGAGUUUUUGUUGCAAACCUGACAGAAUGGAAAAGACAGAAUAUAACUAACCAGCUGGAAAAAUGGAUGAAACUCAAUGUAGAAGAGGGACUGUACAGCAGAACACUGGCUGGCAGCAUCACAACACCUCCUCUGCUGAUCGUAUUUUAUCAACAGCACUCCACCAUCGACCCAAUGUGGAAUGUCCGCCACCUUGGCUCCAGUGCUGGAAAACGAUACUCACCCCAGUUUGUAAAAGCUGCCAAAUUACUCCAUUGGAAUGGGCACUUUAAGCCAUGGGGAAGAACUGCUUCAUUUACUGAUGUCUGGGAAAAAUGGUAUAUUCCUGACCCAACAGGCAAAUUCAGCCUUAUCAGAAGACAUACAGAGAUCUCAAACAUAAAGUGAAACAUAACUUAUGCUACAAGCAUUUCUCAGGAAAUCCUGGAAGAUAGUAUGUGUGGGAAGUAAUUGUGGCAACCCAUGGGAAAUGGAACACUUCAAGAGGACAAACGGCACUGUCUGCUUCCCUGACAGACUCCGCGUUGCUCCAUCGGCCUUACCAAGUGUUUGCUUCCUACAGCACUAACCAGAGGGAAUGGACUGAUAACCGCUGGGACAGCUAGUUCAGCACUGCUGCUUGGUUUUACAUUUGUAACCUGUGGCCUGAUCUAUAAAUAAAUAAAGUGAAACCUACAUUUUUCAGUAGGUAUCG